AUGGGGAGAGGGCGAGCUCCAUGUUGUGAUAGGACGGAAGUGAAGAAAGGCUGGUGGACUGCAGAGGAAGACAGUAAACUUGUCUCCUACAUUCAGAAGUAUGGCCAUCAGAACUGGAGAACCCUUCCGAAACGAGCAGGCUUGCUGCGGUGCGGCAAAAGCUGCCGGCUGAGGUGGGUCAAUUACCUAUGCCCCGGCAUCAAGCACGGCAACUUCACCCAACAGGAGGAAGAAACCAUAAUCCAACUCCACAAAAUGCUUGGAAACCGGUGGUCAAAGAUUGCCUCAUUCAUGCCCGGUAGAACCGACAACCAUAUCAAGAACGUUUGGAACACUUACCUCAGAAAGCGAGUCCUGCCGCAGAAUAACAACUUGAUGUUGAAUUCUGGCGCCAACACAAGCAACCUGAUCCAGACACAAACGCAUUGCGACAUCUGGUCGUACGCCUUGCCUGCCGGUCCUGGUGAACUUGCGAGCGCUAAAGAUAAUAAUGACCUGGUUCUCCCUUUCGAGAGCGAGGCAUAUAGCUGCUUGGCGACUGUGGAUGAAAUAGAGCAGAUCAGUACUUUGGAGUUCGGUAGAGACGAGCGGUCGUUGAUGGAAUUGGCUGAAGAGCUGGGGCUAUUUGAUGAUGGAGACGUUGAGGAGAACUGGAAGAAGAUGGUUACAAAGGGAGGAGAAGAUCCGGUGGCUGCUUUCAUUCGAAAUUUAAUGUAA